UAGUGUUCAAUACGCCUCAAAAUGUUCAGACGGGUACAGUUAUUGUAAUCAGUUGGACAUUUGGUGGUACUCAAUCCACGCAUGUUGAGUUAGGGAUAAUGGAUUCACAAACGUCAGCGAUUACUGUAAUAGAUACCAAUGUAGACCUGACAAAAAGAAGCGAAAAAUUGGAUUGUUUCUCUACUCCAACUACUCCAACUCAGGUUAAUAAUGUUCUACCUAAUGUUCCAUCCCAAUCAACUCAAUCCAAUAUUUCAUCUGCAGAAUCAAGCAUUGAUGAUAUGAAAAAAAAAUUAUAUAUUGCAGCACCCAUUGUAAUUUUAAUCAUUAUCGGUGUACUUAUAGGCUUUUACAUAAGAAGGAGAUCUAGAGAUAAAAUGGAAAACGUUAACGUUAUUUAUG